AUGAAGGCUGUCAUUGCCACAGUCCUAGCCGCAGCCACUCUGGUUCGUGCCCAGGUUGCGACUACCUCAGAGCCUUCAGUCUCCGAUAUCAACAAGGCGGCUGCCACCACUCUGCCCGAGUCUCCCACCUCCAACGUCCAGGGUGUCGCCUUCAGCCGCUUCUACCAGGUCUGGCUGGAAAACAUUGACUACGAGGAUGCGGCCGCGGACUCCAACAUGCAGUGGCUGGCGAGCCAGGGUAUCCUGCUGACCAAUUUCUACGCGCUUACCCACCCGUCAGAGCCCAACUACUGUGCGGCUGCUGGUGGUGACACCUUUGGCAUGGACAAUGAUAACUUCAACCAGAUCCCUGCCAAUGUCUCCACAGUGGCCGAUCUGCUCGACACCAAGGGAAUCUCGUGGAGCGAGUACCAGGAGCACAGUCCCUACCCGGGCUUCCAGGGCUUCAACUACUCCAAUCAGAAGACCUUCGCCAACGACUACGUGCGCAAGCACAAUCCCCUGGUUCUCUACGACUCCGUUGUUCAGAACGAAACCCGUGCCCGCCAGAUCAAGAACUUCACUGAAUUCGAGCAUGAUCUCUCUGACAAGAAACUUCCGCAGUGGGCUUUCAUCACUCCGAACAUGACCAAUGAUGCUCACGACACCAACAUCACCUUUGCUGCCAAGUGGGAGCGCAGCUGGAUGUCUUCGCUGCUGAAGAACGACUACUUCAUGAACGACAGUCUCAUUCUCUUGACCUUUGAUGAGGACAAAACUUAUAGCAAGACGAACCGUAUCUUCAGUGUGCUCGUUGGUGGUGCCAUUCCUGAUAACCUUAAGGGUACCAAGGACGACACCUUCUACACCCAUUAUUCGUCAAUUGCCUCUGUCAGCGCAAACUGGGGCCUGCCUUCUCUCGGCCGUUGGGACUGUGGUGCCAACAUAUUCGAGAUCGUUUCUAACAAGACUGGCUACGCCAAUUACGACGUGAACAUCACUAACCUGCGUCUGAACGAGACCUACCCCGGCCCCGAGUCGGCCGGCGAGCUCUCCAAGUACUCCCCUACCUGGCCCGUCCCCCUGACCGACGGCAAGUGCUCGGCAGGUAACGGUAUCCUGGAUAUCGUCAAGAAGACCUACUCCGGCAAGACCGCCACCUACAACUACACCAGCCCCUACCCCUGGGACGCCAAGGCCGACUACAACACCAAGGUCACUAUCACUCGCAAGUUGAACUCGACCCGCACCUCCUCGUCGGCUGCCGGCACCUCGACUACCGGCGCUGCUGCGGCUGUUAAUGUCUCCGGUUUCACCGUUGUGACCGGUGCUCUGGUGGCUCUCUUCGCUUCUCUGCUCUAA